AUGGGGAUUUUUUUUCCGGGCCCGCGCCGACCACCCCCUCAUCCCCCGCUCUCCAAACCCCCAUCCCCACCUCCCCUUCCCCCUCUCCGCCCCUGCUACUACCCCUCUCCCCCCCUACUACUACCCGUCUACCCUCUCCGCCCCGUUAGUGUGCUAGGAGGCAACAUGUUUAUUCACGGGUCCAUCUCUGACCUCCCUCUGCCCCCCUCCCUGCGCGUGCUGGACAUGGCUGAAACGGGAGUAUCUGGUUCUCUACCAUCCUCCAUCCUCUCACUCUCAGCUCUCGUGCACCUAGACAUUGCUCAUACUUCUCUCUCUGGGAGCCUGCCCUCCUCUCUCGCCCGCCUCUCCCGCCUCACAUACCUCAACAUCGGAGCAAUGAACAUCACUGGGCGCGUGGAGGACCUCUCGUGGCUCUCAAGCCUCACCAACCUGCGCUCUCUUGUGCUGAAUCGCAUGCUGAGUGUGGAAGGGGAUCUCUCAUCGCUCACCUUUCUCACUGGCCUUAAAGCCAUGCAGAGCUUCACUAUUGCAGCAAACUACUGGACCGGAGAACUGCCUGUGUUGCUCGGCUCCCUCACUUCCCUUACCUACUUGGACGUGUCCGGACUUGCAAGCGCGCAAUUUCCCCGAUGGGUCAUGGACCUGACAUCCCUGCGAUACCUUGAUGUGUCUCAUGACAGCAACUAUCGCACAGGAGUGGUGCCACAAGACCUCUACCGCCUCAGCCAACUGGAGUACUUUGAUGCAUCAGGCAAUGGAUUGGUUGGUUCGCUUCCAGAGUACUGGACCGCUUUGAACCACCUCACCUUCUUGUCGUUUGACGAUAACAAGAUUGAGGGCUCCAUUCCAUCCACAUUCUCUGCCCUCACCUCCUUGAGCACACUAAAUCUGCGUAUGAACAGCAUGGACGGCAGCAUCCCACACGUCUUCACUACUGCUCUUAGCAACCUGAACCUCGACAGUAAUGACUUUUCUGGGCCUAUUCCUCCCUUUCUCGGCUCCCUAACUGCCCUCUCAAACUUGGUCCUGACUGCAAACAACUUCACAGGGCCUAUUCCAGCGACCUUUACAGGCCUCACCAACAUAUUUGAUCUGUCCUUGCAUGAUAACCAACUGACGUCUGGGCUUGAUGUGAUUGAGCGCAUGACUUGGCUUCAAACAGUGGACAUUUCUUAUAACAGUUUCUCGGGUAGCUUCCCCAGACUAUCGGCAUUGCCAUUGCUCAUGUCUUUGAGCCUUCGAGGCAACCGGAUUCAAGGGCUGUUUCCCACUGAUCUGUUGAAGCUCACCGAUCUUAUGAAUCUAGAUAUUGGAGCGAGCAAUUUCUACGGGCCCAUUCCUGAAGGCAUAUCAAACUUACAGAGUCUGAUGUUCCUAAAUCUCGAUGGGAACAAUUUUCAUGGGGAGAUCCCUCUUGGCCUCUUUGCUCUCACAAGCAUUGAUCAGUUGAGUCUGAAUAACAAUCGCCUUAAUGGGAGCCUGCCCAGCUCAUUUAAAUCAGAGUCCCUCAGCAUAUUGAGGCUUGAUGGGAACGGGUUGUCAGGCUCUCUUCCUGAUUUCGCGCAUUGGAACGCGUCUAUUCUCGGAUACUUGCAUCUAGGGGGCAACAACUUCACAGGUUCCAUACCGCAAUCAGUCAGUAUGCUGACUUCAGUGGAUACCAUUUCCCUGGCCAACAACCAGCUAUCAGGGACCUUGCCUACAUCCCUUACAACCCUCACUAAUCUCGCGGCCAUAGACCUGGCAGGCAACAGCUUCUCAGGACCCUUACCCGCUGGCCUGGGGGCCCUCUCCAACCUUCGUACCCUGUCUGUAUCUGACAACCAGCUCACGGGGAGGCUCCCUCCUUCCAUAUGCAAUCUCACCAAGCUAGAACAAAUGUCGAUCCAGAACAACUACUUCUAUGGGAACUUUCCGUCGUGCCUCUUUGAAUACUGCUUGCACAAGAUAGACAUCAGCAACAACAGCUUCUAUGGAGAGAUAAACAGCAACUUCCGCAGCAUGAUUCCUGACAACGGCGCUCUGCUCAACAUCGCAGGCAACUUCUUCUACGGCGACCCCAUGCUCUACGCCGAUGGCUGCCAGUUCUGCCCCUCCGGGAGCAUUCAGCCCCUUGUCUUGACACCAAGAGACCUCGUCAACCCCUCUGGCGGCCGAUGUGCACCCCAGGGGUUGGCAGGAUUUGUUCAGACAACACGUGCAGGGGCCAACAAGCAGGGCGAGGCGAGCCUGAGGCGGAACUGUUUCACGCUGAGCAAGCAGAUGGAGUGCACGGCGAACGAGACGCAGCGCAGCAGUGACGAGUGCCUGGCAUUCUGCAGCAUGUCGCGGGAGCUGGGGCCGUGCGACGGGCACGGAGCGUGUGUGCCGCCGCAGGCGGGGGCAGCAGAGGCGCGCUUCACGUGUGAGUGCGACGGCGGCUUCGUCCCCACCAACGGCACCCUCGCCUCCACCUGUGCCCGCCCUGCCCCGCCACCUGCUGCAGCCCUCUCCACGGGCGCAGUGGUGGGCAUUGCUGUGGGCUCUGCUGCUGCCUUUGCUCUCCUCCUCGCUCUCAUUGUCGCGCUGCUCUGGCCCCGCAAACGGAGGCGGUGGAGCGACCUGGACGUGUGUCAGGAGUUCAGCAUGGGGGAGAUUCUGCGGGCGACAGACAACUGGGCGAGCAGCAAUGUGUUGGGGAAGGGCGGCUUUGCCACCGUCUACAAGGGCGUCUCCUCCAAGGGCGAGCUCUGGGCUGUCAAGCGCAUCGCACUCAUGUCCAACGACUUUGAAACUGAGGUGCGGGCAAUGGCGUCGCUGCGGCAUGCGAACGUGGUGCGCCUGUUGGGUUUCUGCCUGCAUCAGAACGUGGAGAGCGGCCAGCAGGAGCAGAUCCUCGUCUACGAGUUCGUGCCCAACGGGGACCUCAAGUACCACAUCCAUGACUCCAAGAAGCCAUUAACUUUGAAGCAGCGGCUGCAGCUGGCGGUGGGGGCAGCGGAGGGAGUGGCAUAUCUGCACAGCUUCGCGACGCCCAUCGUGCACCGCGACCUCAAGCCCGGCAACAUCCUGGUGGGCGAGCACAACCAGGCCAAGAUCGCCGACUUUGGGCUCCUCAAGAUGCUCAGCCACGCAGAGGGCGGCGACGACCGCACUCGAGUGGCCGGCACCCCGGGCUACCUCGACCCCGACUACAACCGCACCCAAGUCGUCUCCGAGAAGAGUGAUGUCUACAGCUUUGGUGUGGUGCUGCUGGAGCUGCUGACAAGGCAGAAGGCAGCCGUGGAGGGCACAGACAGCCACAUCAGUGACUGGGCGGCGCGCAAGGUGCAGGUGUACGAGCUAGGGGAGCUGAAGGACGCGGGGCUGGAGGCGCCGGACGAGGCGGUGGUGGAGCUGGCAGACAUCGCGCUGGACUGCCUCAAGAUGCCCGCCUCGCGCCGCCCCAACAUGAAGGACGUUGCCCGCCGCCUCCAGAACCUCCUCUCGCUCUACUGCGGUGACGAGGACCUCUCCUCCCUCUCAGAACCCAGCCUUCGCUUGGCGCGAACACCACGUGGCGAGAGCAUCAGUCGGGGCUCGUUCGGGAGGAGUGACUGGUCGGAGGCAACGAGCGGUGCGUCCAAGCUCACCCAUUCGCUGUCGGAGAAGUGGCGGAUGAUUGAGUAG